AUGGCUCUCACCGCAGCACAAGUAGCCAUUGUCAAGAGCACAGCUCCCAUCCUCAAGGAGCAUGGCAAAACCAUCACCACCACAUUCUACCGCAGCAUGCUCAGCGCCCAUCCCGAGCUCAAGAACUACUUCUCUCUUCGCAACCAACAGACUGGCGCUCAGCAAGCUGCCCUCGCCAACUCCGUCCUCGCCUACGCCACAUAUAUCGACGACCUCGGAAAGCUUUCUCACGCUGUUGAACGUAUUGCUCAGAAGCACGUCUCGCUCUUUAUCAAGGCUGAGCACUACCCCAUCGUUGGCACACAUCUUAUCGGUGCCAUUGGCGAAGUCCUCGGUUCUGCUUUGACAAAUGAGAUCAAGGAGGCCUGGGUUGCUGCGUAUGGCCAGCUCGCUGAUAUCUUUAUCCAGCGCGAGGGUCAACUUUACGAUGCUGCUGGGGAGUGGAACUCAUGGCGCAAGUUCAAGAUUACCAAGAAGGAGGCUGAGAACGACUCUGUUACGAGCUUCUACCUUGAGCCCAUGGACGACAAGCCUCUCCCCAGGUUCCUCCCCGGACAGUAUGUCAGCUUGCAGAUUCCUAUCCCUGAACUUGAUGGCCUUCUCCAAAGCCGUCAGUUCAGUCUGAGCGAGGCUCCUGGAACCAACCACUACCGCAUCAGUGUCAAGCUUCAGGGUCCCGAGGAAGAGCCCUCCAUCGAGGAUCUCGCUGCUGGCAAGAUUCCUGGUCUUAUUUCCACCAGACUUCACAAGCGAUACAACGUCGGCGAUGAGGUCGAGCUGAGCCCUCCUGCUGGAGAAUUCUUCCUCAACCCUACCGAUGCCUCUGCCGCCAAGAAGCCUCUCGUCCUCCUCUCCGCUGGUGUCGGCGCCACACCCCUCGUCUCCAUCCUCGACUCAGUCCUCUCAUCAGAGACCGCCUCGCGACCCAUUACCUGGAUCCACGGAGCUCGUUACUCAGGCUCAACCUGUUUCGUACCCCAUGUUCUCGACUCAGCUAAGAAGCACGACAACAUCACAGCCAAGAUCUUCCUCGAGGACGUUAAGGAGGGCGACCAGUACGACUUCAAGGGUGAAAUCGAUCUUGCUCGUCUUCAGAAAGAUAAGCUUCUUGCGCUUGAUAGUUCUGAUGCUGAGUACUUCAUCUGUGGUCCUGAGGACUGGAUGGUCAAGGUUAGAGCGUUCCUUGAGGAGAACGGUGUUCCUCGUGAGCGCCAGCACCUUGAGCUGUUCAAGACCGGUGAUGUUUAA